UUACACAAACUAAAAAUUGAUAGCUAAAGAAAUUUAAAAAAUGAAGCUCCACUACCUUUCAUUGUUCCUUCUUGUGAUCAUCUUGGAGCUAAGCACCAAUGUCUAUGGUUUCUCAUCACAACUUGUGACCAAAAAAACAUUGAAGCCCUUAUUAUUACCACCCCCUGAGGCAUUUCUUUCAAUUGGUCACUAUCAUGCAACAUGUCCAAAUGCUGAAGGCAUUAUCUCACAAAAAGUUGCUGCUUGGAUUAAGAAGGACCCCACUUUGGCCCCAUCCAUCAUUCGCUUGCAUUUUCAUGAUUGUGCAAUUAGAGGAUGCGAUGCAUCAAUUUUGCUAAACCACAAAGGCAGUGAAAGAACUGCUUUUGAAAGCAAAACCUUAAGAGGAUUCCAAUUGAUAGAUGAAAUAAAGUUUGAGCUAGAGAAAACUUGUCCAAGAACAGUUUCAUGUGCUGACAUUCUCACAGCAGCUGCAAGAGAUGCAACAAUAUUUGCAGGAGGACCAUUUUGGGAAGUACCAUUCGGUCGAAAAGACGGUAAAAUUUCACUAUCAAAAGAAGCAAAAUUGGUUCCACAAGGCCAUGAAAACAUAACAGGUUUACUGAAUUUCUUUGAAGAAAGAGGACUUGACAUGCUUGAUUUGGUUACUCUAUCAGGUUCACACACAAUUGGUAGAACCACUUGCUAUUCUGUUAUGAACAGGAUUUACAAUUUCAAUAAUACUGGAAAACCUGAUCCAUCACUUAACAUAUAUUACUUGAAACUUUUGAAGAAAAGGUGUAAACGUGAUUUUGAUAUGGUGCAUCUUGAUGUUAUAACUCCAAGGACUUUUGAUACAACUUAUUAUACAAAUCUUGUGAGGAAAGUAGGAUUGUUGUCAACAGAUCAGCUGUUGUUUUCUGAUGAAAGGACAACUCCUUUUGUGGAGGCAUUUGCAACACAGCCUUUUGUUUUUACUAGUCAGUUUGCAGUGUCAAUGGUCAAGCUUGGAAAUGUUCAAGUUUUGACUAGGCCUAAUCAAGGUGAAAUUAGAGUCAAUUGUAAUUAUGUUAAUGUUGUUUAGUUUUAUUUUUUUGCUUAAUGUUUUGUUCACUUGUUUGUUGGUGUUUUAUAUUUGAGGAUUGCAAAAGUAUAUUUGUUUUAUACCUUGAUGAAAUUCAAGAUUAAAUACUUAUAUGGCCUGA